GCUGAUUGUGAUGGAAAUGGGAUGCUUAACUGUGAAGAGUUUGUGACACUGGCUGUGCACUUGAAAAAGAUAAGCAACGAUGAUCUUCUGCAUCAAGCCUUUUUAUACUUUGACAAGAAUCAAAGUGGUUACAUUGAGUUUGAGGAUUUGCGAGAAUCUUUGUUAGACGAGCAAUUUGGUCCUACCAACGACCAAGUUUUACAAGACAUUAUCUUUGAUGCUGACCUUGAUAAGGAUGGACGAAUCAGUUUUCCAGAGUUCAAGGCGAUGAUGACAACAGGGAUGGAUUGGAAGAUGGGUUCUCGACAGUAUUCCAGGGCAAUGUUGAAUGCGCUUAGCACCAGACUAUUUAAGGACAAAAGUCAGAAAUUUAUGUAAUACUAUUUUUUAGUUCAUUUUUAUGAAUGUUCCACAGUGUUGUUUUAAAUUAUAACAUUGUCCAAAUAUCGUAGAAAAUGGGUGGGUUGUUUUUUGUUUA